GGUGACCCUUCUGAACAUGAUGAUGGAGGAGCAGCAAUCCUGUGCCCAACGUCGUAUGCCUAGGCCACAACAUAAUAUUGGCUUGCAUGGAAGGGAGUAUAUAAUCGCAGUCUUAAAUGGACAUCCUGAUAACUGUUACGAGAUGUUUCGAAUGGAGGUGUAUGCAUUCCGGGCCUUAUGCGAUCGGUUACGUAGAGAUGUGGCCUUGCGUGAUUCGACUCGAGAGGUUACUGUUGAGGAAGCCUUAGGAAUGUUUUGCUACACCGUCGGACAUGGUGUGGUUCAACGAAAUUCAGCUAAUCUAUUUCAACAUUCGGUUGAAACUGUGAAUCGACAUGUGUAUGCAAUAAUGCGUGCAUUAUGUCGCCUUGCGCGCCAUGUGAUUAAACCAAGUCAGACGACAGGGGUGAUGCCUUAUAUUGAAGGAAAUCCCAGAUAUUAUCCAUGGUUCGAGAAAUGUCAUGGUGCAAUGGAUAGGGUCAUGAUUGACGCAGCUGUGCCGAGUUCUGUAACUAAUGCGUAUUUAAAUCGGUAUCAGCGACUUGCCCAGAAUGUCUUGUGUGUCUGUGAUUUCAAUAUGAAAUUCACAUUUGUAUACGCCGGGUGGGAGGGUACAGCCCAUGAUGCUCGCGUUUUUAUUGAUGCGUUAAGGCGUCUGGAGAACAAUUUUCCAUGGCCUCAAGACGAUUCUGCAUUCCCUUGCACGGAGGGAUAUAUGCCGCCAUAUCCAAGGGUGAGAUACCACAGAUUUGAACGUCAUGGAAAUCGUACCUUCCAAGGAUAUAAAGAUCUAUUUAAUUAUCUGCAUUCAUCCAUUCGGAUUGUCAUUGAACGAACUUUUGGUGUUUUGAAGAGGCGUUUCCAACUUUUAAAAAACAUGCCUGAAUACCGUCCAACUCGGCAACGUUAUAUUAUUAUCACAUGUUGUGCGAUACAUAACUUCAUUCGGACCAUUACGCCUAAUGAUCAAACAUUUUUGGCAUUUAACAAUCCCGAUGAUUAUCCAAAAAUGAGUAUGGAUCAGGACAAUAAUGAACAAUUUCAUGUUCAUGAUAUGUCGACUGCAUCGGCACAGUCAAUGGCUGCAAGUAGAGAUGCUAUUGCACAGGCUAUGUGGAUGUAUACUAGUGGGCAACAAGGAAACACCUAAUUGCUAGCAUGGUGUUGCAAUCUUUUUUUUAUAAUUUCUGUUGAAAAA